AAAUAAACAAUUUAAUUAAUAAAAAUGACUGUGAUUAAUGUUGCGAAAGUGCAAAGUGAUAUUUAUAUUCAAAUAGAGAAAUUUGGUAGAUAUCAAUUAUUCCAAUAUUUUUUGAUAUGCAUACCUUUAUUUAUGGUAUCUAUGGCUCAUGUUAAUUAUGUGUUCGUUGCUGAAGAAGUUGAUUAUAGAUGUAAGGUACCAGAAUGUGAAUCGCUCAAUCCUAGUGUGAAAACACCACCGUGGUGGCCCGAUCACGUAGACGAGAAGUGCUUUCGACCGGUCAUAGAUCCUGAUGCAUACAACCUCGGUAACCAUACGUGCUCCAAUUCAACCUUUGUUGAAUUAUUAGAAGACUGUGAUGAAUGGAUUUAUGAGAAUCACAACUCUAUAUUUUCAGAGCUUAAUCUAGGCUGCGAAUCAUGGAAGGCCACUUUAGUUGGCAGUGUACACAACGCAGGAAUGAUUCUAUCUAUGUUAUUCACUGGUUGGGUCACCGACAAACUCGGAAGAAAGCCCACCUUGAUUAUUUGUUCAGUGGGAGGUUGCAUCGGCGCCUUUAAAAUUUUCAUAACAAGCUACUACGCUUACUUAAUAGUGGAAUUUUUAGAGUCUGUUGUUUGUUCUGGACUUUACACAGUGGCUGUUGUAUUACUAAUAGAAGUUGGUGGUGAAUCUAAAAGAGUGUUAGCAGGUGUCAUAUUUUCAUAUGCCGUUUAUGUUGGUGAAGUGGCAUUCGCUUUUAUAGCAAUGGGUCUAAAGUUUUGGAAACUAAUAGUACUGGUUGUCUAUACUCCAAUGAUAUUGAUUAUAUCAUACAUAAUAUUAUUAAAAGAAAGUACUAGAUGGCAAAUGCUUCGUGGAAAAAUGACAGAGGCAAAAGACACGCUGAAAGUAAUAAGCAAAUCAAAUAAAUUGAAUAUUACCCCUGAAGAAAUAGAUGCAUUGAGUGAUGAAGAAAUAAGAACGAAAUUUAAUGUGGAGACACAGAAAGAGAAGGAAAACUUCAGAGAUAUAUUAAAUUCAAAAGAGAUUAUGACGCGAGUUGGUGUCACUUCUGUUUGUUUCUUCACAUCCAGUUUUCUAUAUUACGGAUUGGUAGUACAUUCGAUUCUUUUGCCAGGAAAUAAAUAUACUAAUUUUAUUUUAUCUUCAUUAACUUCGUUUCCUGGUGAUCUAUUAGCGUUUUACACGUUCAACAAAUUCGGAAGGAGAAUAACAUUGCAAAGUGGCUAUGCUUUUUCGGCCAUAUUUCUUAUAGCUCAAACCUAUGCGCCAGAUUCUAUUACUUGGCUGAAGGUUCUGCUGUUCCUAUUAGGAAAGUUGGGAGUAGUUGUAUGUUUCACUGGCAUAUACACAUACAGCUUGGAAUUAUUUCCGACAAGCGUGAGGGGCUCGCUAGUUGGUUGUGGUAACACUGCGGCGAGAAUUGGAGCUAUGUUAGCACCGCUAACACUUCUAUUGACGACGGAACUCACAGCAUUGCCAUCAAUUCUCUUUUCAUCAACUGCAGUUGUAUCCGCACUGUUGCUCACGUUCACACCUGAAACCAAGACCAUGCCCAUGUUUGACACCAUUGCUCAAAUAGAUUCUUACAAAAAUAAAGUUACUACGCAUUUGUAAAAAGCAUAUAUCCGGAUGUCAUAUAUCUAUCUAAAUAGAUAAAUUUGUUACUUACCAAUAAACAUUUUGUUGAGACUGUUUAUACAAAGUAGGCGACUUAUUGAGAAUUACUUUAGUGCUUAUUAAAAUAAUUAAAGUUUAAUGUUAUAUGAAUUAAAAUUGCAUGAACGAAAUCAAUUAAACUGAAUUGAUAAACUGUGAGUAGAACGAAAAGCAUCCAAGAAGACAUAAGCUCCAGAGAAUAUGUAGACAAUAACUACGUAUUUUAAAAUGUGAUAAUAUUUUAUACUGUAUCUACUAUAUA